UUCAGUCCCACAGAAGGUAAGUCACGUCAAUUUAACUUUUUGUAUAUAUAACAUUACAUGACAUUUUACCUUCAGUGUUUAAUUUAAUUUCCAUCUCUUUUGUGUUUUCAGUUCUGAAUCUGACAUAAACAGAAACAGCUCUGAUGGACACAAGUCAAAAGUCAAUGACAGCCUGAGAUCUCAAACCCAUAGACAUCUCCAGACGCUGGGUUUUGAACCUGGUGAUGCUCUGCCAGGCCUCUACUGCUGCUGUCUUCAGUUCCUGCUUGUUCUUGGGGCAUUUUUCCUUCAGUUCUGUCUUCAGAAAGUGAAAUAAAUGCUCAACUGGAUUCAGAUCUGUUUACAUCUGACUGACAUCCCAACCUGUCCCAUAGUGUACUGCUGACCACCUCGGAUGGACCAGAUGCCAUUGAAGAAGAAUUUAUGAGAGUCUGAAACCAACAAGAAUUCAAGAUGUCUGAGGGAAAGAAGAUGACAUCGAGCCGCAGGCAUCAUCUGAAGAGCUUGAUACUGCAGAUUGCUGCUAACUGGCUGGAGCAGGAAGCUGCUGAAAUUGUAGCUGCCAAAGAAGCUUAUAUGGCAGAGAAUUGUCCCGACCCCGACCUGAGCGGAGACAUGGCAGCUCUGGCGGAAAUCUGUAAAAAGCUGGCCCAGGCUGCUGACAAGGUUGAUGAAGAGAGAUAUGACGCUGAGGCCAAAGUGGAAAAGUCAGACAAAGAGAUCGCAGAGUUGAAGCUGAAGGUGGUGGAGCUGGCUGGAGUGAAGAAGCCCGCCCUGAAGAAAGUGCGUAUGUCUGCUGACGCCAUGCUGCAGGCUCUGCUGGGAGGAAAACACAAGGUGACCAUGGACCUGAGGGCCAACCUGAAGCAGGUCAAGAAGGAGGUCAAAGAGGAGGCUACAGAGGCAGUCGGUGACUGGCGUAAGAACAUUGAGGACAAAGCCGACAGGAAGAAGAUGUUCGAGACUUCCUAAAGACUUUCUAAUCCAACUUUCUGUUUCCUUCCCUCUGGGCUGCUGCAACUGAGGUCUACUGUUACAUCUGACCUUUUUCAUGGAUUUGGAAAAACUUCUAUCCAUCCAUUAUCUAUACACCGCUUAAUCCUCAUUAGGGUCAUGGGGGGGCUGGAGUCUAUCCCAGCUGACU